AUGGACAACGAUCUAGCUAUUUUGUCCUGGAACAUACGUGGGGCGGCGAAUGCCGGGGCGAAGCGGUAUCUACGUGAGCUCUUGCAGCAGUUCAGACCUUCAUUACUUUUCAUAAUGGAGACUCAUGUUCAGUUUGAUAGAGUUAAAAAGUUUUGGGAGAAUUUGGGUUUUUUACCAGUGAAUAUUGUGGAAGCUCAUGGACACUCAGGUGGAUUAUGGUGUCUUGCCCUUUCACACAUUUUACCUUGUAUUCAUGUGGUAGAUGUGUUUGAGCAGGCUAUUACUGUGGAGGUGCGGGUGUCUCAAAGCCCGUGGAUUUGUACGGGUGUUUAUGCUAGCCCUAUCCCUGCAUCUCGGGUUGCGUGUUGGAGGUAUCUGGCAACACUUCGCCAGCUGAUUAAUUAUCCGUGGAUGAUAAUAGGAGAUUUUAAUGAUUCUCUGCUCAGUUCUGAUCAGCGGGGAGGGGUUUUCUCUCAUGCAAGGGCGAACCUUUUUGCUGCUAUGCUCCAGGAUUGUGGUCUCAUUCCCCUUCACACUAUUGGGCUUCGUUUUUCCUGGGUGCGACGUCGUGGUGGCGUGCCCGUUAUGCAUAAGAAGCUGGAUUGGUGCCUAGGAGACUCAGAUUGGAACUUCAGAUUCCCGGAUGCUUUAGCUGAGAACCUUACUCGGGUUCAUUCAGAUCACUCCCCGGUUCUUGUUAGGUGUGGUGGUUCCCCGCCAUUCCGUGGUUCGAGGCCGUUUCGCUUUGAGGCAGCAUGGCUUUCCCAUGCGGACUACGAGCAGGUGGUGGCUUCAGCCUGGUCCCCGCAAGAGACACUCCCCGGGAACUUGCAUUUGGUCCAGGAGCAUUCUAUGGUGUUUAAUAAGGACGUGUUUGGCGACAUUAGGAGACGGAAGCGUACCUUGCAUGCACGAAUUCGGGGAAUUCAAUUGAGACUUGAUACGGUGGACUCUGCUGCCCUUUCUCUGUUACAUGAUAAGCUUCAAAUUGAGCUUCAUCAUACCCUUGCCCAGGAAGAGCUGUUGUGGUUUCAGAAAUCUAGGGAGCAAGAAGCGCUGUUGGGGGGGCGUAAUACACGGUAUUUCCACACUAAAACUAUCGUUCGUCGAAGACGGAAUAAGAUCAUUUCUCUUACUCUACCGUCUGGUGAGGUGUGCACGGAUGAGCAAACCUUGCAAGUUGAGGCGUUGCGGUUUUUUAAAGGAUUGUUUUGCUCUCCUUUGGCGUCUAGGCCACUACAGGAAGGGAAAUACUUCUGCCCCAGUUUGUCCCAUGAGCAUGUGUCCCAGCUUUCAGCGGAGGUGUCACCUCAGGAGGUGUGGAGGGCGGUUUCUACCAUGGGGUCUUUCAAGGCCCCUGGCCCUGAUGGUUUCCAGGCAAUUUUCUUUAAAUCUUGCUGGCAUAUUGUUGGAGGGAGUGUCUAUGCAGUUGUCAGGGAUGCUUUCAUUACUGGCACGUUUGAUAGAGCUCUCUCGGAUACGCUUGUUGCGUUAAUUCCGAAGGUGGAUGUGCCUGCAUCUUUUCGUGAGUUGCGGCCGAUUAGCUUGUGUAAUGUGAUGUAUAAGCUGAUCACUAAGGUCUUGGUUCUUCGCCUUAGGCCAUGCUUGCAGGAAAUUGUGGGGCCUCUUCAAAGUAGCUUCAUUGCGGGGCGGGGAACUUCUGAUAAUGCUAUUAUUUUGCAGGAGGUAGCUUACUUCAUGAUGAAUAAGAAGCGAAGGAGCAGGAAUGUUAUCUUCAAGUUGGACUUGAAGAAAGCAUAUGAUCAAGUAAGUUGGCAGUUCUUGGAAAAAACCCUGGUGGAGUUUGGCUUCCCGUCGUCCAUUGUUGCUUUGAUUAUGUAUUGUGUCACAUCCUCUUCUAUUUCGCUUCUCUGGAAUGGGAAUCGUUUACCGGCGUUCAGUGCUACUAGGGGCCUUCGUCAGGGUGAUCCUCUUUCACCGUAUCUAUUUGUGCUUUGUAUGGAGCGGCUUGCUCAUAUGAUUAAUCAUGAGGUGCGCCAGGGCCAGUGGAAGCCGGUUCAGAUUAGUCAAGGAGGCCCAGGUAUAUCUCAUCUCUUCUUUGCUGAUGAUGUGUUGUUGUUUGCUAAGGCAGAAGUGGCUCAGGUGCGGAAUAUUUAUCGGGUUUUAGAGGACUUCUGUGGUGCUUCUGGACUUAAGAUUAACCUUUCAAAGGCCAAAGCCAUGGCUUCUUGGUGUGUGGAUGGAGCUGUUAAAGAUCGGAUUGCUGCCAUCACUUCCAUCCCUUUCACGAAUAAUAUUGGAAAGUACCUUGGCUUCCCCAUCCAUAUUGGUCGGGUUCGGAAGGAGGAUUUCAGUUUUAUUGUUGACCGUGUAUCUGCCCGCUUAGCAACUUGGAAGGCUAGCUUGUUGAACAAACCAGCGAGAGUUACCCUUGCCAAAUCUGUCUUGUCCGCCAUCCCGGUGUAUGUCAUGCAAUUGAAUUGGCUUCCUCAAUCGGUGUGUGAUCAGUUGGAUAUGGUGGUUCGAAGGUUUAUUUGGGGAAAUGCUCACUCGAAGGGUAUCCCCUUGGUAGCCUGGGAUAAGGUGGCUCGGCCAAAGAAAUAUGGUGGCUUAGGGUUGAGGAGUGCGAGAUUGAAUAAUGUGGCCAUGUUGGGUAAACAACUUUGGGGUUUGGUUCAACAGGAUGAGAAAUUUUGGGUGAGGGUGGUACGCGGCCAGCAUGUGGCAGGGGGGGAGGUUCUGUCUUGCGCUGCUAGCGCCGGUUCUUAUUUUUGGCGUUCCAUUAUUAAGGCACGUGACAUGCUUAAGGGAGGGUUUCAGGUUCGUUUCGGUGAUGGCAGCUCUUCUUUCUGGUAUUCCUGCUGGACACCCUUUGGUUUAUUGUGUGACAUAGUUCCAGUGGUUGACAUUCAUGACAUAGACUUGACUGUGAGGGAUGUCUUUUCUGAAGGAUCUUUCAACUCCUCCUUGUUGUACACCGAGUUGCCACCUGAGGUUAAUCAGUUCUUGUUCACUUUCAAGCAUGUUUUCUUUGAUUCCGGGACUCGGGAUUGCUUGAUAUGGGCUCAUAAUAUGAAUGGGAAUUACACAGUUAAAGAUGGGUUCCAAUGGCUGCUGCAUCAGGAGGAGGUUGACGUUGAUUCAGGUCCCGUUGGUGGUUUAUGGAAUGUGGUUUGGAAGGUGAAUGCUCCAGAAAAUAUUCGUGUCUUCCUCUGGCUGGUCUUACAUGAUGCAUUGCCCACCCGCUGCCUUCUGUUACGCCGUUCCUUGGCUACGUCCGCUUUGUGCCCUAGGUGUGGAGUUGGGGACGAAUCGAUUUUGCACUGUCUUCGUGACUGUGCGGAUGCAAGACGCGUUUGGCGUGGCACCGGUUUCAUUCUCCCUCAAGCAUUUUAUGCAGUCCAGAAUUUUGGGGAGGUGCUGCGUAUUUUUGAUGGUUUUGGGUUGCAUAUCGUGCUGGCUACGGCUUGGGUGAUUUGGAAGGAGCGCUGUCGUUUCGUUUUCGCGUCCCAGCACCUAGUGGUCCACAAGGUUGUUCGUGAGGCACGGGAACUGUGGUUACUCAUUGCUGAUACGUAUCACCGUGGAGCUACUUCGCCGGCGGUUCGCUGGGUUCGCUGGCAGCCCCCUAGGGAGAAUUUUGUUGCUCUCAACACCGAUGGCAGUUCGCUAGGGAAUCCGGGUGCUGCGGGGAUUGGUGGUGUCGUGCGAUCUGAGCAUGGGAACUGGCUCUUGGGUUAUGCGGGUUCUAUUGGUGAGGCAGAUAGUUUGCUUGCGGAAUUAGUGUCCAUUCUUCGUGGGUUGGAAGUCUGCUGGGACCAUGGGUAUAGGCAGGUGGAUUUGUUUUCAGAUUCUCUGCUCGCUUUGGGUUUGAUUAUGGAUCUGCAUCCUGUCUUUCACCGCUAUGCUGCGAUUAUUGGGCGGAUUAAGACGUUACUUCAGCGGUCGUGGCAGGUUCGGUGUCAGCAUAUUCUUCGCGAGGGAAAUUCGGUGGCGGAUUUCUUAGCUAAGUAUGGUGCAUCUGCGCAGUCGGCGUUUUUGGUUUGGGCUUCUCCCCUGCAGAGUCUUGUGCCUAUGUUGAGGGCGGAUCAAGUGGGAACAGAGUUCAUGAGAAUUUAG